UAUUUUAAACAGCAGGCCGAAUACCUGCAAUCUCGCCUGAAUGACCUUCUGAAUCGAACGGCCUCUAUGAAUCCCGAGGAAACUAAGACCGUCAUGGAACUGCAGACAAUGUGGAACGAUUCGAGAGAAAAGUUGGCUUUGCAAUUUGAGCAGCUUGAAGGGUUCUCAAAACUGUUAGAGACUGCUGGAACGGCCCUUGAGCUCUACGAGAAACAGCCAACGGAUGAACGAAAGUCCGAGUGCCAAAUACUGCUGACCCAACUGGAAGAGACUUACAGUUUGGAUCUUGAGACUGAUCGAGCCCGGAUCAAACAGCGUGCCCUGGACGAGACUAUAGCCACAAAGCAAAAAGUCACCCAGACCCUUGAGAGUGAAUGCAUGCCCGCAGCUCUGGUCAGUUUUCGCGAGUCCCUGCAGCAGUUGGCUACCCAGCUGAACGAAAUCCAAGGCGAACUG